AUGCGCCUGCCCCUCAUAGCGGCGAGGGAGCUGUCCCAGAAGGGGCGGAUCCGGAUCGGCUGGGGGGCGGCCAGGGUGGACCUUCUCGAGGCACGCCCCAUGCGUUGCCACAAGUGCCUCGAGAGGGGCCACGUGAGGGCAACAUGCCCCAGCGCGGCGGAUAGGAGCGGGAGGUGCUACCGGUGUGGUGAGGCCGGUCACACCUCCCGCAACUGUCGGUCUGCCCCUAAGUGCCCGCUUUGCGCGGACAAGGGCAGGCCGACAGCGCACGUUCUGGGCGCGAAGACCUGCGCCCAGAAGAACGUGCGCGGGGGACCAUCGAGGCGGCGCACGGAGCAGGCACCAGCAACCGGUGUCCCUCCCCCGGCCGAGGAGCGGCCGACGGAGGGCAGGAGGGAGACGACGGGUGACGAGCCGCGGGGGGAGCCCCAACCGCAGCGCCAGCCUCGCACAAGAGCGCGAGAGGAGAAGGCCCCAGACGAGGCCAUGGAGAUUGAGGCCCCAUCGGACGGGGGGAAUGAAGACUAG